UAUUCUGUGAUACUUGCAAUCGCUCUCCGUUCUGUGCAUGACGAAUAAAGGUUUUGGAGGGAAUUUAACGAAUUGCGUGGCAUUUAAUUCCCUUUAAAUUUGUUUAUGUUUGUAAUUUUAUGUUUAUAGAAUGGCUCAACCAUCGGUAGCGUGUUUUUUCAACACCAGAAAGCGGGCUGCUGUCGAAGAUUCCAAAAUUCAGCAGGCAAGAAAAGUGCUAGUGUUAGAUUCUACCCAAACAAAAAGUGUUUGUAAAAAUGGGGUAGCUUUAGAGGGAGAAACUGAUAUUGAUAAACAGGAUUCGAUGAUUUCCUCAAAUGACUUUGUUUCUUUUAAACAGGUGAAAAAUGCGCAAGAGGAGACAAAAAUUUUGACCAAUAAAGUAGUAACAAAUACAGUUUUAAAGAAUGAGAAACAAGCAAGAAAAGUUUUGAACGCCACUCGGAAAAACAAAAUUAAGGGGGAUCACAAAAGCCGAGAUAUUCAAGAACUUUUUAGCAAGCUAAACAAGUCGGAUUCAAUCAGUUUGAAUACUCAAACUACAGAUAUGACACUUAGUUCAAAUGAGUCACCUGAAGAUAGUAGCUAUAUCACCCCUCCUUCAACACCUCAAAAAACUAAUGCCUUGGAUAGAAUGAAACUUCUUGAAGGUCCAUCCUUGAAGGAAAUUAAGAAUAGGAUGAAGAGGUCAACCCGUUUGAAUGAGCUAAGAGCUUCACUCCUCAAGUUCCAAGAGAGUGAUAAAAAGCUAACAGAGAUUGAAGAUAAAACGUCUACAAUUGGAGAAUCACCUAAACUUAAGGAGUUUAAAACUAUUGAGAUAGAGGUGCACACUAGUCCCCAAAAGAUAUUUUCUCCUGAGAAGGCAUAUCUUAGCCCAAAAAAAAGCACCACAGGAGUCCGCAAGAAUUUGUUGAAUUUUCUGAGUCCUACGAAGACAUCGUGUUUACCACUUUAUAGUCAGUCCAAUGAGUUAGUACAAGAGCCUUCUAAACCAGCACUGACAUUACCUUUUAAAUACAGAUUCUUGGCAGAAAUGUUCAGAGCUGUGGACACAGUUUCUCAAAUAUUAUUUAAUCGUAAAGAAACCAUCACCUUACGGAAAUUAAAACCUGCUGUUGAAGAAAUGCUAAAGAGGAAUCUAUUGGAGAAGCACUUGGCACAAAUUAAAAGCAUCUAUCCUGAUGCAUACUCAUUCAGUCAAGAAAAACUGAAGGUUUUUGGGGCUGGUUUAAAAUCAGAACAGUGGGAGUUGGUGUUAAAGCCAAAUUUUAGUGAGAAUGAUCAUAUGACAUCUGAGUUGCUUUUGGAGAGGAGGAGGAAGCUUUAUAAUAUUUUGUUGGACAAAGUUAAAGGCUACCACAAUGAAUUUUUGAUCAGUCUAGAUACUCCAAUUAAUAUUCCCAAAGAUCACGUGACAAGGUGGCAUCCCGAAUUUGAUAUUGAAAAGGUGCCUGACAUUGAGUUAGCUGUACUCCCACAACCUCCCGCCGAGGACAAAUUGACGACUGGCGCAGAAGUUCUAGAGAGAGCGAGGGUACUCUUUAGUUGCAAUGCUCGUAUGGAGCAAGCAUUGCGCAAACUAAAAGAGACCAAAGAAACUAAUACCACUCUGACAGAAGAAAAACCAAAGUUUAUUCCUGAAUCUGUUUUAAAAGGAAUACCGAAAGCGCUGUUGGAAAAAGUAAGGGAAAGGCAAGCUGCAAAAGCAUUAGUAACUAUGACCAGGUCAAGCGAUAAGGAAAAAGAGAUUCAGUUGUAUGCUCGUUUACCAGAACUUGCUCGUUUGACCAGAAAUGUUUUCGUUUCGGAGAAGAAAUCUGUCCUGCCUCUAGAAGGGCUUGUCGAAAAGUUAGAGAAAUGUUAUAAGGGGAACCUAAGCAGAACGGAGAUGGAAGAACAUUUGAGGAAGAUAGCACAUGAGACACCAAAAUGGUUGGUCUUCCAUAGUAUUAGGAAUGGGGUGUACGUGAAGUUGACUAAAGACACCGAUCUAAGUAUGGUGGUGAAUAAGUUAGAGAGUGCCUAUAAAUUGAAGAAUGAGUCGUGAAAUUUAUUUAGAGUAAUUUAGUUAAGAAAUUGACAAAACUGAUGUUCUUUGACAAAUUAAUUCGCAAUUUGUGCACUAUUUAUAUAGGGCUAAACAACUUUGACUUUUUGGUACUAUGUUUGGAAAAUAAAUACUAUUAUUUUG